CUAUAAAGAGCCGUCGAGUCUGAGACCGAGUGACCAAGAUCUGGACGAUGUCAGUCUGCGCUGUGCUCCUGCUGUGUGUCGCUGGACUGCUGUGUCUCUCGUCAGCAUGUUACAUUCAGAACUGCCCGAGAGGAGGAAAACGAGCUUUACUGGAGCCCGUCUCGAGACAGUGUUUGGCGUGCGGCCCCGGAGAUAAGGGCCGCUGUUUGGGCCCCAGUAUCUGUUGUGGGGAGGAGAUCGGCUGUCUCGUGGGUUCCCCGUGGAUGGCGCGCUGCCAGGAGGAGGAAUAUCUGCCGUCUCCGUGCCAGACUGCCGGAAAACUCUGUGGCUCUGACGCGGGUCGCUGCGCCGCUCCAGGAGUCUGCUGUGGCACAGAGGGCUGCAAGCUCGACCCAAACUGUUCCGAGGACAGUAAGAGUGAGGAGCCGGCGGAUCAGAACACACUGGGAGCGUCACCUGGAGAUCUGCUGCUGCGUCUGCUGCACCCCAACAACAGAAAACACAAUCAAUACUGACGACAUCACAACUGUUCACGCUGCGUCAUAAAGCAUUAACAGCCACGUAAUAUGUCUAUCAAUGCUAAAUCAAGAGAAUGUUAGCAAUAUUUCACCAUAGGUUUAUGGUUACACCGUACCAACAUAAAUGCUUCGACAAACCAAACUAGAGUGAGAUAUAUUGGCAAAUUUAGUUUGAAUUUUGAAAUGAGUUUAUUAUGAACUCUGGUGUGUGUAAAUAUGUUACGAAUAAAUAUUCUC